AUGCAGCUGAUUUGCGGCUAUCACCAUCAAAUUCAUCAUCCUGGGCAUCGCGCUCAAUGCUCCUAUGGGAUCGUACACGAAGUCCGCGAAUUGGUUCUCCAUCGACAUCCGUUUUGCUCAAGGUGCAAUUCUCAUUUUCGCACUCAGAAUGCAUUUAUUGAUCACUGGUACAAACCAAACACUUCCUGUCCUUCCCCUUUUCUCCUCACGCGUUUCAACGAGGAUACGCAUGACGUAAACGAAGUACCUCCGGACCACAUCAUUGAAAUCCGCUGCGGUACGUGUGGUGUACACAUCGAUCGUGUCACACCGGUGUUUACGAAUGGGCACUACGCAUUGCCGAAAACGCUAAGACGCAAACGCAAGCGCAUCGGUAAUGGCCAUAUAAUCACAUAUCCUACUGUUUUUGAACAGUUCCGGGAUUUUCUGCACUCCUGGUCCCGACUUUGUGUCAAUCACGCUUAUCUACACAUGGAUGGAAAUCGUUCUGGUUGCUCGUCUGAAUGCACAUUAAUGAUCCGCUUCGUGAUUAUCGAUAAAUCCAAAGUGAUCACAGUGCCGUCAUUUGUAAAUGAAUCUGAUGAUCUGCUGUUACAAUUCUGUCUGGAAGAAUGUCAACGUCUAUUUAAUUAUUUAAAACUGUUCCGCACAGGAAGGAAAGCGUUGCUACGUCAAACUAAACUAACUUUGAAAGAAUUGUGUGAAAUGACAAAAAUGGAUUCCAGUUUUUGUAAAAUUAACCCAUCGUGUUGCAAGAAAUCGCCCACAACGGAUCCCAUACCAUCAACUUCCAAACAGAAUCAACCCACUCCAUUUUUUAUGUCAUAG